AGAUAGAUUGAGAGGCCGGAAGAGCCGAAGCCAGGAGAGGAAGGAGGAGCAGGAGAGGAAGCGGAAGCGAGCGAGGAUGCCUUGCCUGAACCUGUCGACGAACGUGAACCUGGAUGGGGUGGACACCUCCUCCAUCCUCGCCGAAGCCUCCAAGACCGUCGCCACCGUCAUCGGCAAGCCCGAGGCCUACGUGAUGGUUGUUCUCAAGGGUUCAGUGCCUAUGGCAUUUGGAGGCACCCAGGAGCCUGCAGCUUAUGGUGAACUGGUUUCCAUUGGAGGGCUGAACCCUGAUGUCAAUAAGAAGCUGAGUGCCGGCAUAGCUUCUAUCCUGGAGUCAAAGCUGUCCAUUCCCAAGUCUCGCUACUACCUCAAGUUCUACGAUUCAAAGCGCUCAGACUUCGGUUGGAACGGCUCCACCUUCUAGAUUUGAGGUCUGUGACGUCACCGCAGGAAAUUCGAGUUAUGUAAUGCCUAUUAAGGACAGUGUCUUAAGAUAUCAGUUAAGCAGUGAGAAGUGUUAUGUGAAACUGGGUUGUUUGAAUGCAACUUAUUACCAUACUUUGUUUUUACUCAAUGUUUAUUUUGUUGGUUGGUCCUUUGGCUA